UUCAGUUAAUAAAGAAAAUGUAUAGAAGAUUGAAUCGUAAGUACGUGAAACGAAACGAAAAGUGAAUACGAACGAAUACCAAACAGGUUUUACGUUCCUAAUGAAACAAGAGGAAGAUUCUCCUCUCCGUUAUAUCAUUUUCUAAUUUAAAACACGCGAUUAUGUAAAUCUAACAAACUUCUUCGUUGUUUAUAUCAAUCUGUGCUUGAGAAGAAUUCUCUGUAUUUUAUUCGUCCUCGUUCGUAAGUGAUUAAAAAAUAAAGAUUAUGAUUUAAAAGUGUUAUUUAAAGAAAGUGUGUAUUUAAGUGGUUUAAAAUUAAAAUGGAAUCAACUAAUAACUUGGUAACAUCAUCAAUUAAUAAUUUAGCUUUGAAAGAUGGAGUUCAAAAAACGUUUAAAGAGAUGACAAUGAAAGAAAAACUUUCUUACAUUCGUAGUGUUAUUACAGUGGAACCUUUAUUAAUAUUUUAUUAUAUACCUACGUUUAUUUGCGGUCCGGCCCUAUGGAAUUUGCAGUUAGAAAAAUCAUGUCGUGUGAAUGCGAAUUAUAACGAUACAGUUUGUAAGGCAAUCCUAUCUGCAUCUUUUCAAAAUUACACCCACGAAAAUGAUAAUGUGCAAGCAAUAAUUACGACGAUGCAAGUUUGGCAAAAUCCACUGCAAAACAUCGUUCCUUUAAUAUUAAUUUUAUUUCUCGCAUCGUACAGCGAUCGGCAUAAAAUUAGAAAACCCUUCUUAUUGUUACCAAUUUUGGGCGAAUUUUUUGCAAUAGCUGGUUGUUUUUUGUGUGUUAUUUUUAUGGAUCAAAUUCCGGUUGAAUUUCAAGGAUUCAGUCAAACGAUUUUUCCAUCAUUCUUAGGCGGACCCGCAACGUUAAUUAUGGCAAUUUUCGCUUACAUAUCCGAUAUAAGUACGAUGGAGAUGAGAACGUUAAGAAUUGGGAUAAUACAGAUUAUUUUAACCGCUUGUUCGAUGUUAAGCGCGUUAGGGGGAUAUUUAUUCACGAAAAUUGGUUAUUAUGGAGUUUUAAGCAUGGGUGGAGCUUCAUUUUUGAUCGCUUUAAUUUAUGGAUACUUUUACAUUGAAGAAACUAAUACCGAAAAAGUUAAAUACCAGAGCGUUAAAGGUUUCUUGGACGACGUUUUCAAUCCAAAACACGCAAUCGAAACAUUUCAAUUACUUCGGAAACCGCAACAGCGAACUAACGUUAAACUACUAUAUUUGGUUAUUAUUGUAUUUUUUAUUUCUGGAUUGGUUGUAAUCGGUGAAGUAAGCGUAUUUUGGCUAUUUGCCCAACAUGCUUACAUGUACACACCUGUCAAGUUCAGUUAUUACGACAGCAUAAGAAAUUCUUUGGUUGUAGUAGGUUCUUUAAUUUUUCUGCCGUUAUUUACAAAAGUAUUGAAACUUCACGAUUCUAUGAUUGUUGUUAUUACUUUUAUCGAUAAGAUUGUCAGCAAUCUACUUUUAAUUUUUGUUUUAAAUGAAAUCGGAUUGUACGUAGCUACAACUGUUGCUAAUUGUGCAACCAUAGGAAAUACAGCUUUAAAAUCUAUGGCGACAAAAUCCGUACAAAUUUCCGAUUUAGCAAAGGCUUUAUCGUUGUUAGCAUUAUGUGAAACUCUAUCGGGUAUGGCAGCCCCAUCUUUAUACAGCGCUUUAUAUCAAGAAACAUUGGCAACACAUCCAACAGUAUUCUUAUACGUUGGAGUUGGUUUAUUUUCUGCUUCGGUUAUUUUAAUUCUGUGUCUUUAUAUUUGUUAUAAGCAAAUGUUUAAGUUCGAUAUAUAUGCAAAAGAAACUAAUGGAGUUUUCCAGGACAAAUACCAACAAACAACAAAACUUUAAGUUUCCACGAUUUAAACUUAGUUUUUCAACUUAUCAAAGUAGAAAAAGACCACUAUACCAUCCUGCAUAUACUAUAUGUACUACAUUCUUCUGUAUAAUUAAGUGUUAUAAUUGUUAACGAUUUUUAUUUUAAUAAAGUAAUUAUAAACUGUU